CUUCUUGCCUGAUUACAUCAGUGGCGAUUUUGAUUCCAUUCAGCCUGAAGUCAAGGAGUACUACAAGGUCAAGGGAUGUGAGUUAAUUGAGACCAUGGAUCAGGACCUCACAGAUUUCACCAAGUGCCUUCAAAUACUCCAGAAAAAGAUAGAGAAGAAGGGCCUCCAGAUCGAUGUGAUUGUCACUUUGGGUGGACUUGGAGGACGCUUUGACCAAAUAAUGGCAUCAGUGGAAACACUUUUUCAUGCAACAAAUAUCACUCCUUUUCCAGUGAUCGUUAUCCAGGACUGCUCACUGAUUUACCUGCUUCAACCUGACUUUGAUCCUGUAUAUGGAUUUUGUAGUAAGCUUUCUGUGAAGAAAGAUUACUGUGAAGACUUUUGA